AUGCGUGCACACCAUUCUGCUCUGGAUGCCUUAUCCGAAGCUCGUAAAGCGAUCGACAAGAGCACACAAAAGGCCCCAAAGAAAAAAGAUCCUCCACCUGCGCCGCCGCCUUCGAUUCCCGUAGGAAUAUCAAGAGUAGAGGAGGACCCCCGAUAUGUCACUCUAAAUUUGGAUCUGGAUCAUGUAAUACUGACCGGUACCAAUUACGGUAUGGUGACCCUGGCGACGACUGUUGCGCAUUCAGUUGAGCAGUUAAAAGCAAUCAAGAAUGGCGACUGGGUCAAGCUACCUGCACCUACCACAAUCACGGCAAAGGACCUACACUGGGGAACAGGCCAGUGCCACUUCUCCAAGAAAACUUUGGAAAUCGAAAGAAGAACACUGCUGCCGGGAAAGAGGCCACAGCUGCUGGAGCCGUUCUCGCCAACAACAGUCUUUGCCUGGCGAAGAAUGUCACAGAUUUCCUGGGACGGUACGCCCAAGCCCGGGCCCAAGGCUUCAGUCUGCAAAAACUUUACGGCCAAAUUUGGAUCCACAGGCACCGGCGAUGGGCCUUGUGAUGUGGAGACUCCUGGUCACCAAGGAGAACCGGCAUUACAAACCGAUGACCCUCAUCAGGGCCAUCGGACACGCUGGCACUGA